AUGAAAUUUGUCAUCAAUAAACAAAUAAGUAGAGAUUCCGGCCGGCUGGGACAAUUGCUUAUACAGCGGGGUGAGGGGGCAGGCCAACUGCAAUUAAGGACGCCACUGUUAAUGCAAACUACUAAAGGCGGUAGUAUUCCAUACCUAAGUGGCAAUGUUUUUGAAUACGUUAGCAAGGAGCAGCAACCGUUGCUUCUGCAGCUCACACUUUCCACCAUGGAUCAAAUGGCUGAGUCGUUGUUGCAAUAUCCGAGUGGUUUAAGCGCAUAUGUAGGCUACCCCGGCUAUCCGAAUGUUUUACUGUUUCGUGAUCCUUGCGAAACAACCCCCUCCGGUGGAAAUGACCGCGAUGUGGUGCCAUUAUAUACGCGACAUGGCAAGGGUUCGAUAACAGCACAACGGUAUAUGGAGCUGAUGGACAGCUUUGCCCCCGAUUUAUAUCAGGGACUUUGCGAUGCUGAUACUAAUGCGGAUAGCUCAAAAAAACGCGUGCAAAAAUCUGUUGAUCGGACCGAGCGCUUCAUGGACUACUGCUAUGAACAGCACGGGAAGCUGGACCGUCUAUCCAAAUCAACACUGUUGGCGCCGAUUGUGGGUGGCUAUAGCACCUACGCUCGCACCCAGUCUAUUAAGCAUGCUAGGCAACAGCCUGCCAACAGUUUUGGCGGUUAUGUGCUGGAAGGAUUUCAUACAAAUGGACUGAGCGCCACCCAUCUAGAAGCCAGUAAAUUACUGCCCAUUGUGAAGCAUUGUGUAACAGAAUUGGACGAUGAAAAGCCACGCAUGAUGUGCGGUGCCUAUACGCCGUUAAUGAUACUGGAACUGGUGCGUUUGGGUGUAGAUAUGUUUGAUACAUCGUAUGCCUACUGUGCAGCCGUAAAUUAUAAGGCACUGACGUUUAACUUUGAGUUAAACGAUGAAAACGGCUGCCCAAAGCAGACACCUUUUUUGGACAUAACGGACGACACACUCAAGGAGGAUUUCAGGCCAUUGGUAGCCAAUUGCAGCUGUUUGGCCUGCCAGAAGCAUACGCGUGCCUAUGUUCAUCAUCUCUACAAGACCAACGAGCUCCUGGGUCCCAUAUUGCUAAUGGUUCACAAUCUGCAUCAUUAUAUGGCCUUCUUUGAGACAAUUCACAAAAGCAUGGCAUCAGAUAAACUGUCGGAGCUUGCAAAACUUCUAAAUGCCGAUUCAACUGCAGACUAUUCCAUAGCUAAGAAUGUCAAAGUUAUUAACAAAGCAGGCAUGGGGAAAGGCUUUGUGUCUGCGACCAAUUAAGUGUACACCGAAAAUUAAUGUAAAUAUAAAUGUUUUGUAUAUUUA